AUGGCCUCAUCUGAGGAUACCCUGGAGUUUCUGAUUGCCAAAGCAACAGAUCCCUUUGGAGCUGACGCCAAUCAAAAAUCAGAGAGCAUCAGUAAAAUAUGUGCAAAGAUUGAUGAAGAUUUCGAAGGACCAUUUGUUGCGAUGAAGUUGUUGUCCUAUAAAAUGCUGAGUCCCAAUCAACAAGAAGCCCUUAACUCAUUGGACGUGAGUUUUUUAAAGUUUUUUGUUUAAUUUUUAGAUGUGAAAUUGUAGAAAAUGCAAAUUCCUCGACCCUCCUAAAUAACGAUGACUUUAGGUAAUGGACGCAGUAAUAAAUCGAGGAGGCCUUCGUUGUGCCAACGAAUUAGGAAAAUAUAAAUUUCUCAACCAAUUUAUCCGCCUUUUAUCAUCAAAAUAUCAAGGAUCCCAGACUUGUGACAAUGUAAAACGAAAAGCAAUAGAAUUAUUAUAUGCUUGGACCCAGUCAUUCCGGCAUUUGGAUAAACUGCAGCAAGUUUAUAAUUCAUUGAAAAAGGAGAAGAUAAUUGAAAGCGACCCAGUGCUGGAGGCUUCACAAAUACCUAAACUCACUACAAGAGAACAAAGAGUUUGUGCGAUGGGAGACGAGGAGAAAGAGAAGUUGUUAUCACAGUUAUUGCGGAGUAGAAAUCCAGAAGAUUUACAGGCAGCUAAUCGUAUGAUCAAGAGCAUGGUCAGAACUGUAAGUAAGCCUACUUUAACUGCAAUUGUAUUGCAGGAAGAAAAUAAGUUUGAAUCCGAAAGGAAACGCAACGAAUUGAUAGAAACCGCCCGAGUCAAGUCUGGCCUUCUAAAUGACCUCAUGGAUGCCUCUUCAUUGGAUCGCCGUUGCGCUGACAUUAGUCUACUUUAUGACCUUUUUGAAAGUCUGAUCAAUCUGCGCCCAAAACUUUUUCAUUUGGCUGCAGAGGCAGCCGAACGAAGCGACGAAAGAAUGGCCGAGAUUUUAGCAUUGAAUGAUGAUUUGAAUCAAACAAUUCAGAGGUAUAAAGGCGGAUUCGAAGAUUUUGUAAACGCGGAGAGAACGAGGACACAAGGAGAAAAAGAUAACGGUGAGCUUGGUUUUCACGGAGUCUACUUUUGUAUUCAGGAAAGAGGGAACAUCGAGUGAGUGAGCCGUGUCUUAUCGAUGGAUUUGGCGAAAGUUACAACCAAAUCGAGGAAGUUACAAGACAGGUGGACGUCUUAAAUUUCAGGCAAGUCAGCUUCUUUUUUUGCUGCGACGCACAGUGCAUCUGCCAACUUUUGAAACUUGUGGGAAGCACUGUGCGCGCAACACAAACCAAAUCCUGAUAAAGUAACCCAUCUUCCCUUUAGUGGCAAUAAUGACAAACAAAGUGAAACACACCAUGACAUUGACUCCGACUUCCUCACCUUUGCUUGCCCAUCCACUUCAUACAAUAACGAAAUCAAAAGUACCAGCCAAAAUGAUGAUCUUGAAAGUAUUCUGAUGAACGACGGGACAAAAUGCAAUGGAAAUGUAAGCAUACAUCUAUUUUAUUCACAUAAUUUAGGCCCGACAACCUCAACGACCAGUCGAAAACGACAAUUUCUUACUCAAAGAUGUACAAAUAACGCUUGACGAGGUUGAUUUCUGUAAGUUGUGUCCAAUAGAGUCUGAAGAUAAUAUUUUUAGUGCCCGCUGAGCCCAUUGUAUUUUGCGAUCGACCAAUAGUAAAAGGGUUACUGUACUUUAUCAACCCAAAGGAAGUACUGGAUCCCUCGAUAAUCUGCACUCUUGCGACGUUAGCCUUCACUUCAACGCAAGAAAUCAACAAUGUGGCCUUUUCUCUGAGCGUUAAAUCACCUGUAGGUUGACCUAACAUCUGUUUAAUCAUUGUUUUAGAUUUUUACAUAUCGAAAUGUCGAUUCGCAAGUACAUAAAAUCUCCGCAUUCAAUCCACUAAAGCCGACUCCAACACUAAAUCAAGUGUUUUUAUUGCUGCCUUUGGCUGGGGGACAUGAUAAUGUAGGUUAAAACUCUGUAUUAAACGCUAACCUUGGCCUUAGAUUCAAGUGGAAUAUGAAUUAUCAAGCGAUUCAUUCAAUUAUACGGGAACAUUCAAAUUGCCUUUGCCAAAAUGA